GACUCGACUCGAUUUACUUCUAACGGUUUGCUCGUUGGAGGGAUGGAGGAGAAGAAAGAAAGAAAUCAGUAAAGAAACGAGAAGCAGGUGUGUCGACACACGUGUGAAACAUCAGAGCUCUCCGUUAGGUGGGCCACGCUGUCUAGAUCAUCUGGGCAAUUGUCAAGCCAGCAAAUAACAUCUACAAAAUUAUAGACUAAAGAGAGAAGAAGAGAAGAGAAGAAAAGAGAGAGAAGAGAGUUGGGAGAAGAGAGGAAAGUCAGCAAUAAAAGUGAAAUGGCUGAUCGGCAACAGCUCGAGCAAUCGCAUCCGCUCGAUCAACAGCACCAGCAGAUGCAAACACCGUCGAAGGAAGACAUGAUAGCUUGUGUCAUGGCAUUGGAAGCAGCAUUGCUUCCAUGCUUGCCUGCAAGAGAGCUCCAGGCAAUUGACCGUUCUGCCCACCCUUCUCAUCAAAUUGAUGUUGAAAGGCAUGCAAGAGAUUUCAUGGAAGCGGCGAAGAAGCUUCAGCUAUAUUUUAUUGGUCUACAACAUGAAGAUCAACCCACCAAGGAAGAAACGCUUAGAAAGGAGAUUGUGGCAAUGGAAGAUGAGUUGAAGAUAAAAGCUGAGAUGAUUAAGAAGCAUGAGAGACUGAUACAGGGAUGGAGAAAAGAAUUAAAAGACCAACUUGAGAAACAUAUCACAGAGUUGGAGAGGGUGUAAUUUCUGUUCUUGCAUGUAUCAAUUUCGAGCACUCUGGUCAGAGUAAACUGCCAUUAAUGGUUUGUUUUAGUAAAUGUAUGGUUUUCUUAAGGAAAUCAGAAUUUGAUAUUACCACUCUCAAAAACUGGUUCAAGGGUAAUUUGGUCA